CGACACAUCCCGCUCUGUGGCGCCAGAAUUCGGAGCUGGCUGACAGAAGGAAGGAGUCGGCGGGGAGUUCGGCGGAGUUCGGUUGCCGCUCCGGGAAAGCCAUGGUGAUGCUCCGGAGCGGUUCGGGGGGCUCAAGCCGGCCGGAGCCUCACGAUGGAGGCGGCGUGGCCACGACCCCGAGCGGCGGGAAGCGCGGAAGGGCCCUCUUCGAGGAGAUGGAGUCCAGCGCGGAGUUCCUCUCCCUGGAGAUGGCGGCGCCCCGGCCGCGGAACAAGGAGCAAGGAGGGCCUGCCUCCGGGAAAGGAGGAGGCCCCGCUCGCACCCGGGACAGCACGGCGGAGUUUUCCUCUGACAAAGAAUGUGAACAUUUUACAAGACACUCAAGAUCUAUGAGAAAGAGUAGUCAACAGUAUUCAGAUUCCGGUUUUGAAAAAGAUGUAACAAUGCUAAGUGAGAAUGGUAUCAAUAGGAAACAUUUUACAAGACGGUUGGCUAGACUGCAAGCUGAUGCAAAGAAUGAAGAGUGUGAAGAAGGAAGCGGAGUUCCUGUCACCAGGUCUCUGAGAACUGUAAAGCCCCGCAAGCAUGCUGCUGAAGAAAAUGGAGAUGUUGAAGUCCGUCGUAGUUGUAGAAUUAGACAAAGCCGCUAUAGUACUAUGAACCAAUCAGUUUUGUUUGACAAGCUUAUUACAAACACUGCUGAAGCUGUGCUUCAAAAAAUGGAUGACAUGAAGAAGAUGCGCCGACGACGAAUAAUGGACUUGGAAGACCUUGGGGUAUUCAAUGAUAGAGAAGAGGAAAGUCUUAAUGUAUACUCAAGAGGAAAACCAAAAAGAGCAGUCCAAAGGACUGAUGAAGAAACCACUGAUAACCAGGAUGGAAGUGCAGAAUCUUCAGAAGAGGGUGAAGACCAAGAAGAUGAAGAUGCAGUAGAUAAUCAAAAACGCUAUGAUCUUAGACAACGAAAAACUGUUGUGCACUAUCAACCCUCACCAGAAAAGCCUAGGCUUCAAAGGAAACCCAAAUUAUUUUAUCCUGAAGCAGCAUCUCCAGCGAGGCGAAGAUUUUCCUUUAGCCCUACGGGACCAAGGAGCCCUUACUGUAAAAAAAUUAACAGGCGAAAGCAUGCAAUACAUAAUAGUGAUUCCACAUCAUCAUCAUCGUCCUCUGAUGAUGAGCAGCGUUUUGAGAGACGUAAGAAACGAAGUCGGAGCAAAGCAUUAAGCAGAUGCCUUCCACUAAACUUUAGAAAAGAUGAGCUUAAAGGAAUUCAUAAGGAUCGAAUGAAAAUUGGAGCAAGCCUGGCUGAUGUUGAUCCAAUGCAAAUAGACUCUUCUGUACGAUUUGAUAGUGUGGGUGGACUCUCUAGCCAUAUUUCAGCUUUAAAGGAGAUGGUGGUUUUUCCACUGCUUUAUCCAGAAGUCUUCGAAAGAUUCAAAAUUCAACCUCCAAGGGGGUGCCUCUUCUAUGGGCCACCGGGAACUGGAAAAACCCUUGUUGCCAGAGCACUUGCUAAUGAGUGCAGUCAGGGUGACAGAAGAAUAGCCUUUUUCAUGAGAAAAGGUGCUGACUGCCUUAGUAAAUGGGUAGGAGAAUCAGAGAGACAACUCCGCCUCUUAUUUGAUCAGGUAGUUUUGCUUUCUUUAGACCUGGGUUAUGUUCUGUGUGUUUUUAUCCAGUACUUAUUUGAGCUUUCCUUGUAGGCCUACCAGAUGCGUCCUUCAAUUAUAUUCUUUGAUGAGAUUGAUGGUCUUGCCCCUGUACGGUCCAGUAGACAAGAUCAGAUUCACAGGUAUGGACUUCAUAUUUAAAAGCU